CCCAAGCCACCGAAUCACCCCGGGUAUAUAUAUCCAAGGUCAGUAAUCAAGACCUCUGAAUUCGGCGUUUCCUAUAUUAUUUAGUAUAAACAUAAAGAAUGGGCUGGAUAUUGUGUCGUAUCCUCAAUAUUCUAAUAAAAUGAUACGUAGCACGCUCUACUUUGGCCCACGAAGCAGGGUGUUAAGACAAACCCGUCGGACCACAGCUAGUCGGAGCUUUGCAAGCUCUCUAGUACGACACAACUACGAUUCAACCAUUCAAAAUCUGAAGAUAGGCAGCCAUACACGGGUAAUAUUUCAAGGAUUUACGGGAAAGCAGGCGACUGCUAAUGCCAAGGAGUCUCUACAAUGGGGGACCAAUAUCGUCGGAGGCGUCCGGCCGGGGUUCGAGGGAGAGCACCUUGGUUUGCCAGUUCUUCCCACAGUUCGGAAAGCAAUGGAAGUUCUUAAACCCGAUGCCACUGGCAUUUACGUCGCUGCAAAUCAAGCGACGUCUGCCAUCGAAGAGGCUAUAGAGGCCGAAGUGCCUUUGGUUGUGGCUGUUGCAGAGCACAUCCCUCUACAUGAUAUGAUACGGAUACAUGAUAUGUUAAAGACACAGACAAAAUCAAGGCUUGUUGGCGCCAAUUCGCCAGGCAUCAUAUCAGCCACGGGGAAAUGUAGAAUAGGGUUUCAGCCUUUGCCAUGCUUCAUGCCAGGUAAGGUCGGAAUUGUAGCACGGUCGGGGACUCUAAGUUACGAAACUGCCGGUUCUACACUCCGGUCGGGGCUAGGCCAAAGUAUCUGCAUUGGAGUUGGAGGAGAUAUCUUACCCGGAACAAGUCUCAGAGACGGUCUUCGAGUCUUACUAGAAGAUGAAGAUACAGAGGCGAUUGCACUUGUAGGCGAAAUUGGAGGCGAGGCGGAAAUUGAAGCUGCGGGUUUUAUCAGGGAGUAUCGCGCAAGAACCGAGAAGCCCAAGCCGAUUGCCGCCAUAAUCGGAGGUAUCGAGGCUGUGCCAGGUAGAAUAAUGGGCCACGCUGGUGCAUUUGCGCUUCCUGGAGAGCCAUCUGCGCAAGACAAGAUCAAGGCCCUUCAAGCAGCUAACUGCACGAUCGUGAAUCAUCCCUCCCGGUUUGGGCCCGUUCUGAAAUCCAUGUUAGAAGGAGUAGCGCCCUCAGCAUACGGUGUCAUCUCGCCCUCCGUAGGAGCUGUGUUUCAACGUCGCGGAAUUCACACUGCCGCUAGGAGACCUAAUAUGAGCUCUACCGGUGAUUUUACUCAACAAAGAAGAUCCAUAUACUUGACGCAGACUACCGCGUUCGAUCUAUUACGCCAGCGCGGAAUACCAGUUACUGAUAGUAACUCUGCACCGAAUGAAGGUCGCCUACUCGCCGUAACGCUAAAUCGUUCAACUAGAAGUCCUUGCAUCGUUGCCUCUCCAUCCACGAAUGGCGGUGCUGGAAAUCUGAAGAGAUUUGACUACGAUUACACAGCUGGGGCCAAAAACAUAGAUAUCAGUGCCAUUGCACAACAACUUGAACUUGACGCCAGCAAUGAAGGCAUUAACUCAUCGCUUCGCACCAUAGUCGCAGGCCUCGUGACUCUCUUCGUAGAGAAAGAAGCUUUCCUCCUCGAAACACGGCUCAUCGCUUCAAAAAGCUCGUCUUCUGAUAUCGCCAUCGCGACCGCGCACUUCGGCUUCGACGACGCGGCACAUCGCAGCGGAAACCGACAAGCAGAUAUCCAGGCGCUACGAGAUACAAGUGUCGAGGACCCCGCGGAAGUCGAGGUAGAGAAGCAUGGGAUCGUGUACGUCAAGCUGCCAAACGGUGGCGGGGAAGGAGAGAUCGCGAAUAUUGGGACGCUUGUUAAUGGGGCCGGACUCGCGAUGAACACAGUUGAUGCCCUUGCGCACGCGGGUGGUCGCGCGGCGAAUUUCUUGGACACUGGGGGAAAGGCGACGAGUGAGACUGUUAAGAAGAGUUUCGAGGUCAUCUUGAAGGAUCCGCGAGUUAAGUGCAUACUUGUAAACAUCUUUGGCGGUCUGACACUUGGAGAUAUGAUUGCGCGAGGCGUCAUCAUGGCUUUCCGUGACUUGAACAUGAGCGUGCCUGUCGUCGUUCGGAUUCGUGGUUCGAAUGAGAAGGAAGGCCAGCAGAUUAUCGCGGAAAGCGGUCUGCCCCUUUUCGCUUUCGAUGACUUUGAUGAGGCUGCAAAAAAAGCUAUAGAGCUUGCGAAUGCUGCUCGUUAACGACAGCAUUAGUAUAUUUAAUCAGCCACGUUAGCUUCGUUAGGUUUAUCAUAUUAAAGACAAUGUUGUUGACAGGUGAUACAUCAGACUCCAUGCAAAGUAGGUAUGGCUCAG